GUGGCUAAAUGAACACCACUAAUGGUAGCGCUUAAUAACUGACGUCAACAAAAAAACUGUGCGUGCUCUUGCUUCAAUUAAUAAUAGAAAUUUUGAAAUGUUUACCCUGUGGACCCUAAUUGAAGCAUCGUUGCUGUGCUUAAAUGCAGUCUGCAUACUGCAUGAGGAGCGUUUCUUGGCCAAGUUCGGUUGGGGCCGGCAUGCAGGUCAACAGAGCUUUGGAGCUCCUACAGCCAAGGAUCAAGUACUAAAUCUCAUCCGAUCUAUACGCACAGUGGCGAAGAUUCCAUUGAUCUUCCUUAAUAUAAUUGCCAUUUUAUUUAAACUAUUACUUGGUUAGAUUUACACACACACACAUACAUA